ACAUUCACUAAUCCAUUAUUUUGCCAAAUUAUUUUCAGAAUAUUCUUCCUUAUAGGUAGCAAAAAACCCCCUCAUGCUAACAAUUGGGUUUUCUUGGCCUUUUGUUUUUUAAAUUGUGGUAAAAUAUACUCAAUAUAAACUUUACUAUUUUAACCACUUUUAAGUGUACUUGUCACUGACAUUAAGGACAUUCACAGUGCUGUGCAACCAUCACCACCAUCCAUUUUCAGAACUUUUUCAUCAUCCCAUACAGAAACUUUGUACCCAUUAAAUAACUCCCUACACCUCUUUCCCAACUCCUAGUAAGGCUGGUUCUUGAUUCAACUCUUAAUAAGGUGGGUUCUUGAUUGUGAAUUAAUCUUGUCUUUGAAACUAGGUUUUUAAGUGUCUUGAGAGCAGGCAGGUAACAUAACUCAAAUGUUUUUGUACCUUUGACACUGUCCAGCUUAGGGAUGAGACUGGGAGGACUCCUUCUUUAACUCUUCAGUAAGUUAUUUAAAACAGAAGCUAUGUCCUUUCCUUGUCACAUUAAUCACUGUUCUUUUCCUGAACCUCUUGAUACUGACUACCUAUUGCCUGUGGCAUCAAAACCUUCACUGUCCAAGACUUAACAAGACAAUGUGUGCACUGUCCUCUUGUGUGUUUUCUAGUUAUCUUCCCAGUACAGGUGAUAUAGUUCAUGGAGUUCCUUUGUAGUAGGAGGAAGAGAGACAGUAGCCACUGUCUCUGUUUUAGGGCAUGCAGUGUACAUAAAGACUCAGUUAUCUGGGGAUAGAGGCCAGACUAUUAUCUGAAAGAAGAAGGCUGAGCCAACAGGAUAUAGAGAAUAGAGCAUGAAAGAGUAUUUGCUUCCUGUGACUUGGCACUUUUAGGCUCAGGCUCUGCACUGUGUCACAUGAGUUUCUCCUAGACAAAUAAAGGUCUGUGAUGCUAUGCAUGACGGGAAACAGGAGGGCUUUGUGAUGCAGUCUACGGGUCUGGUUCUGUGCUCUGUGGGGCAGAGAUGAUAGGUCUAGAAUUUGGAGGCAUUAGGUUCUAAGACCCUGAAAGCCUAGGAAGCCUAGAAAGGGGGAUGGCUAGUGAGGUUUAGAUUAUGUUGAGGCCUACCUUUAUUCUGUGGGAUGUUGCAUAUCCUCUUUACACUUAUGGUUCCAUCAUCAUUAUUGCAUUAAUUAUUUGGCAGGUGAGAAAGAAUCACCAAGAUUUAAGAUUGGAACCUAACAGGAACUGCUGCUGGCAUCACCGGAGAGUCUAACAAAGGGCUAAAGAUAAAACAUCAAGAGCUAGGAGAUUUUCCUGGGAAGAAGCUGAGAAGCCGUGGGAGCUGCCCUCUGUCAUGAGAAGCCAGGGCUGGCUUCCUCAGGAGGGGAGCGUGCGGCAGAUCCUGCGUACAGGUCCCUGCUGCGAAACCUGCAACGCUGUGGCUCUGGAGAUUCAGCAGUUGCUAUCGGGUGAGAACACCCUGACCACCACUACUUCUUCGGGGACAUCGCAGGGCUCCUCUUGCCUAGAGGUUUUGUCCUCGUCUAGUCUCUCUUUUGAGCAGAGUCAGGAUUCCCUGCACUCCAAAGAGCUUUCGCUUCCAUCAGCAACCCGCAUAGUGUCAUAACUAACAAGUCAGAAAUCCUUAACCCAGUUAGUUGCCAGGUCAGCCACUAAGUCAACCACUAAGUCUGCCAGUGCAGUCAGCAUCCACGAAUACUGGGCGGACGACCAGCAGCUAAGGCAGGAAUGUCAAGGGCCAGAGGUACCCUGGGACGUGGGAGCUCUGUCUUCUUCAAGCCUUGAAGGGCCUAGGAUUCCUGUGAACCAGCAAGACAAGAAGAAGAGCAACUCUGAAUGUGUUCCAGAGAAAUAAGAAGCUGCAGAAGCUGGACUGGGAAAUAAGAUGAAGCACUUUACACACUGGAUUAACCCCAAGGUGAAAGGUCAAGGGCAUAAAGAAUCCAUUCUCCUCUCUAAGGAUGAGAAGGUAGCCAAAACCAAGACAGAAAAUGUUGAGAAGAGACCACCUCCCACCAAAUGCCCUGUGAGGGGAGCUCAGUCUGAGAAGGAGGAGGAAGGCGUGGCCUUCUUUGAUCCCCUCCAGUGCCUAGACAAUGAGUUCCAGUGACACUCCCUUCAGUCCAGCCAAUCCUGGUUCCUGCGCCUUUCCUGCAACAGCUCCAAGCACUGUCCUCAGCUGACUUGUUUCACUCAGCCAGAAAAUCCAUCCCAUGUCUCAACUCUCACCUCAGCAGAAGGCACUUGUCUAUACAAGGAGAAUACCCAGUCCAGGAAAAAGGAGUUCAUAGGUUUCCAAACUUCUGCAUCCUCCUGAAGAAGGCUGUCAUCAUCAUUGCCAUUAAUAUGCAGGUGAGGCAGGGCCCUCUCCAAAUAUACUGUGUACCUCUAAGCAAAGAACCACCUGUUUGUGCCUCUUUGUUUUUAAUGUGAUAUGUGAUGGAGAGAGUAGAGGAGGUAGAUUGUACUUCCCAUAUGGUAUAGGAGCUUAAACCCAUUUUACAGAUGGGCCAGCAUUCCACACAACUCUUUCAGCUCCACCCUGGACUGUGGAUAAAGGGACUUGAGCAGAGAAGGGAGACCCUCGUCUAAGGUGCGCUGAAGGUAAAAAUCAGGCUUGACUUCUGUCAUGGCUUCCCGUGUUGUCUUUGGGCCCCAGAGGAGCAAAGUGUGCAUGAUGUAGUACAAGAAGUAGUAGCCAAGAAUCCAGUGCACUUUUGGCCCACAGGCACAAUUCAUUGAUAACUUUUAUAUAUUCCCACAAUCUGGAGGGAAGGUUUUUAGAGGAGUGUUAACAGUGCUUCAUUCUUGAGGAGGUGCUUUGUGUUUAUCAAAGGCACAUAGCUAAUAUGAUAGACGUCAGAAGCAAUUGAUAGAAUCUCCCCUCUCUGCACCCUGUUGUUAUUGAUUAGAUUUUAAGGGAUAACCCAUCUGGGAGCUUGCUGUAGCCCUGUUACCUGUUUGACCCCCACUGCCUUUCAGCUGCAUGGAAUAAAUGCCUCCUAGAAUGAAAAUCAGUUGAUGAUAAUGUCUCCAAAGAGUCACAAUAAAAAUGACUUCGAGAGGCAUCUUGCAUUCAACAAUUAAAAUGUUUGAGUACUUACUGUGUGCCAGGAACUAUGCCAGACACAACAGUCACCUAGACACAGGCCUUGCCUCCAUGCAGAUCAUUAUCUUAUGGGGUAGACAGUCUCAUAUGCCCAAAUUGUCUAAUCAAAAGUGUAUAUACUCGGAUGUCCAGUAUUUGUUUCAAAAGUGAACUGAUUCCCCAGACCACCACCACCACCCAAUCACACAUACCAAACCUGCUCCCACAUCAGUUAAUGGCACCUUUCUCUUGCCAGUUGUUCAGACCAGAAAUAUUGGUGUCAGCCACGACUUUUGCUUCUAACAAUCUGCUUCUGCUCUAUUAGUAAAUCCUGUUGUCUCUACCUUCAAAAUUCAGAAAAUGACCUUGUCUUACCUCCUCUGCUGCUACUAAUACUACAAUAGUUUCACAAUCUCCUGCUUCUUCCUGAGACCAUAUCUCCAACAGUCUGUUCUCAACCCAGAAGCCUUAUAGUGCUCAGGGAGCGUCCUGGCUGGAGAGAGAGAGAAAGAGAUGGAGAGAUGGAUGUAUAAUUGUGGGACCAGAUAAGGUUACUAAAGGAAUGAGUAUUAGUGAAGGAGAGAUCUAAGGACUUGGCUCUGGGACAUUCCAACCUUAAGAAAUUGGGAAGAAAAAGAGGAACAAGUAAGCAGAGGAGACUGAAAAGCAGGAGCCAGGGAGGAAGGAGGAAAUCCAGAAAAGUGUGGCAUCCUGGCAUAUUGCAAGGAGAAAAUGAUCAAUUGCAUGAAAAGUUGUGAAUUGGCCAAGUAAGAUGAGGGUGUGGAGUUGACCACUAGAUUUAGCAGCACAGAGAUCACUCAUGGCCUUGAGAAGAACAGACUCGCGUGUGAUGGAGGUGAAGUGGAGUGGAUUCAAGAGAGCAUGAGAGGAGAGCAAUUGGUGAUAGCAAGUGUGAUAGCAAGUGUAAUCAAUUCCUUCAAAGGAGGUUUGUUCCACAGAGGUGCAGAAGAAUGGGGCUGGAGCUGUAGGAGGAAGUGGAACCCAGAGAGGGUUUUUUUUUUUUUUUUUAAGAUGAGAGAAUAAGAUGUUGGAUGUUGACAGAAAUGAUGCAGUCGAGGAGGGGUAAACUGAUGAUGCAGGGAGAACUGCUGGAGCCAUGUAGUGGUGUAGAGGUGAGGGGAUGGGAGUGAAUGUCCAAGUUCAUGAGAUGGCCUUGGAAAAAGCACAGACACUUUGCUGGUGGUUAGUAAAAGGAAGGAGGCGUUAAUGAGGUAAGACUUCAUGUAUUAGGAGAAGAAGGGUUGUGCUCACAUGUAACAGAAUUUGGGCAAAGACUCAAAAGGGUAAGUGAGGAUCUGGGACGGUACCAUGGCUAUGGGGUGGAAGGAGUAGUAUGGAGAACCAAAGCUGAAGGCAGAAGUAGAGGUAGAUUCUGGAAGUUACCAUGGCAAGUUUCUAUUAGGGCCUAGGAGUUGGUGGCCAACUGAGGGCCCAUGUGGGUAUAAAAGGGUGGUUGAAUGUGCUCUUGGAACACUGGAUCAGCAAGAGAGAUCACAGAGAAACUCUAGAUGCACAGAACAUGAGGAAGAGGAUGGGACUAAGGACACAGAAAGGGGGCAGGUGUGGCAUCCUAGUGUUCAGACACCAGGCAUGUUUGGGGGUGGGAGGAGAGACUGGGAUGCAGAAAGACGAAGAGGCUGCCCUGAGUGUUUGGGAGGGACCUCUGUUUUGGACACCUCAUUCCUCUCAGAAGGUGGCACUUCUCUGCAUUCCCACCAUCUGACCUACCACAGAGGAGAGAGUAAGGGCAGGGAAGUGCUGUGGCUUCCUCAUGGUGUGGUAUGGGGGACUGUGGGAUGCCCUGCCUCACUGUUUCCUAAGGAAAUCCAGGAUGGCUCAACAUACCGUCAAACCAGGAGGCAGGGGCAGGAAUCUCUUCCUCUGAUAGGACUCAGCACUUAGCAAAGUGUAUCCACUGCUAGCAGGAUGCAGAAAAGCCAGAUGGGAAGAAGCAUGAAUGUAUCCCUCCUCUGA